AAAAGCGCUCAGAUCUGGCUUUGUGGGAGUGAUUGUCACUCGUUUAAUGAGCUUCUUUGCCAGGCGAGAGGCUUUGGCAACAUAUGUCUCCCCAGUCGCCUCUCUCGCUCUGUUAGUACCGGGUCUGCUGUGGUGGACGUUUCUCUGGAUUUUCUUCUCUUUCUCAAGCCUGUGGGAUUAGACAGAGCAGAAAAGGAAGGGUUUGUCUGUAUUUCUGAGGACGAGCGGACUAGAAUGAAGCAGAUUCCUGUAGCGAGACCACAGCCUGGGUUGGAGUGAGAUGCACUGACUCCUGGCAGACUGCAGAUUUCCCUGUCAUCCUCCGCUCUCGCCUCUGAAACUGUGGCCAGUCAUGCGGUUGUUACGGAAAACCCUGCUUCUUUUGGCUGCUUGCCUUAAUAUGAGCAGCAGGUAUCAAACUAACGCCCUGGAAAUUCCACUUGAUGUUUUAGAGCGCAUGAACAUGGAGCAGCUGCCCACAAUUACAGAGUACUCUCCUGCCUCGCUCAUCGCCUUCCCUUUCGAAGAGAGCUUCCCUGUGAAGUGUGAGGCCACAGGAAACCCUGAACCAGAAUUCAGGUGGACAAAGAACGGCCAAGACUUUGAUCCGUAUCAGGACACCAGAUUGAUAACGUUAGAUGAUUCCGGAACAUUCAUCAUUCCCAAUACCGGAAAUCUCACUGAAUUCCAGGGCAUUUAUCGCUGUUUUGCAACCAACAAAUUGGGGACAGCCAUGUCAGAAGAAAUUGAGUUCAUUAUUCCUAAUGUCCCAAAGUUCCCCAAAGAGAUCAUCGAUCCGAUUGAGGUGAUGGAAGGUCAGUCAGUCAUUCUAGAGUGCAAUCCACCUACAGGGAUCCCUCCAUUGCAAAUCUACUGGAUGACAAUAAGUCUACAGCACAUCGAGCAGGACGAAAGAGUGUCAGUGGGUCUGAAUGGAAACCUGUACUUCUCAAACACCGUUGAAACUGAUAGCCGCAGAGACUAUUGCUGCUUUGCUGCCUUCCCUCGCAUCCGAACUAUCGUCCAGAAAACCGCUAUGUCCAUGGUGGUCAAAAGCAACAAGUUAAUGAAGGACUCAAGCUCUGGUAGCGGCAGAGGUUAUGCAAACUCCCUGUUGGAGAGGAAGCCCAGCCUGUUGGCGCCUACAGGAAUGGAGUCACAUACACGCCUGGUGAAAGGUGAAGAUCUUCAGUUGGAGUGUAUAGCAGAGGGAUUCCCCACGCCAAAGGUGGAAUGGGUUAAAAUAGGCUUCAACAAGCUUCCAGAAAGGGUUGUUGUGGAGAGUCAUGGGAAGCUGCUCACUGUUGAGAUGGUGAAUGAGGAGGAUGAAGGCAAAUAUAUGUGCAGAGCCAAAAAUCCCCACGGAGAGGUGGUGCAUCAUUUUCAUGUGACAGUAGAGGAGCCUCCUGAGUUUGAGAUUGAACCUCAAAGCCAACUGGUGACGAUUGGAGCUGAUGUAUUGAUCAAGUGUGUCGUGAAAGGAAAUCCUCAACCUACUGUAGGAUGGAGAGUUAACGGGCGGCCACUGAACGAGGUCCCAACAUCCAACAGGAAGAUCUUGAAAGAUGGCACAAUUUCCAUCCACAAUGCAAACCCAGAAAACAGUGCUGUUUACCAAUGCGAGGCAACCAACAAACACGGCACCAUCCUGGCCAAUGCCAACAUCAUGAUUAUGAACAUCCAGCCGCUGAUCUUAACAGAAAACAAUCUGCAAUAUAUGGCGGUGGAGGGGAAAAGUGUGGUCAUGCACUGCAAGGUCUUCAGCUCUCCAGCCUCCAGCAUUACGUGGAGUAAAGCUGACAGUGCAAAUGCAGUGGAAGGAGAACGGUUUACUGUUCACCAGAAUGGUUCACUGGAGAUCCAUAAUGUGAUGAAAGAGGACAUGGGAGAGUAUUCUUGCUUUGCACAAAACACCGAAGGCAAAGUUGCCAUUGCUGCAACACUUGAAGUCAAAGAUCCCACCAGAAUAGUCGAUCCUCCACGUGAUUUGCGGGUUUUGGCGGGAACCACUAUUCAGUUUUCAUGCCAGCCAGAGUUUGAUCCCUCUUUUGGUGAUGACUUUGAAGUCCUGUGGGAGAAAGAUGGCAUUGCCCUCAACGGCAGCGAAGAUGGAAGAUAUAUCCUGGAAGACGGAGUGCUGGAGAUCAUUAAUGUGAGUUUCGGAGACCAGGGCUUUUACGCGUGUGUGGCCAGAACGCCCGUUGACCAAGACGUUGCAGUGGCACAGCUUUCAGUCGUGGAUGUUCCUGAUCCACCAGAGGAUGUGAUACUGUCUGAACAUAAUGGCCGAAGUGUGAAACUGCAGUGGACUCCGGGAGAUGACCAUAAUAGCUCCAUUACCGAGUUUGUUCUAGAGUUUGAAGAAAGCCAACAUGAGCCAGGCAGCUGGAGGGAGAUGAUGAGAGUCCCAGGAAACCAUCACUCAGCUCCGCUGAAGCUUUAUGGACAUGUGGACUACCGCUUCAGAGUCUCCGCCAUCAACGAGGUGGGCAAAGGUCGGCCAAGCCAGUCCACUGAAAGAUACAAAACUCCAGCAUCAGCACCCGACAAGAACCCAGAAAAUAUCAAGAUCGAAGCUCAUUUGCCACAUGAAAUGGAUAUCAACUGGGAGCCGUUGUCACCUAUUGAACACAACGGGCCUGGUCUGGAGUACAAAGUGAGCUACAGGAGACAUGGCAGCGAUGAAGACUGGACGGAGCGCAUGGUGAAGAGGCACUCAUUUCUGGUCAAAAACACCCCGACGUUCGUCCUUUACGAGAUCAAAAUUCAGGCCAAGAACCACGCGGGCUGGGGUCCGGACCCUAAAAUAAUAACAGCGUACUCGGGAGAGGAUUUCCCCUCAGCAGCUCCAGAUGAUGUAGCCGUAGAAGUGUUGAACAACACUAUGGUGAAGGUCAGAUGGGAACAUGUUCACAAGGACAAAAUACAUGGACAUCUGGGUGGCUACAGGGUGAGCUGGUGGAGGCUUCGUAGUCUGCUGGACUCAAAGAAAACACACGGCGACAAGCACACAUUGACAUUCUCAGGCGAGAGGAACCAUGCGGUGGUCACAGGUCUUAAGCCGUUCUCCGAAUACAGCCUCAUUGUCAUGGCCUUUAACAGCAGAGGAAACGGUCCUGGCAGUCAUUCGGUCAACUUCAAAACCCCUGAGGGAGUUCCUGGUCAAGCAGCUGCUUUCAGUGCUACAAACAUCCAGAAGCACAAGGUCACCUUGACCUGGUCUCCUCCAGUUGACGCAAAUGGAGUCCUAAUUGGCUACAUCCUCCAAUAUCAGCUAAUAAACAACACAGAGGAACUAGGCCCUCUGAUGACACUCAACAUCUCCGCCGACAGCAAUAAGCAGCACCUCGAAAACCUGGAAGCCCUGAGCAAAUACAAAUUUUACCUUCGGUGUUGCACGCGGGUGGGCUGCGGUCCUGCGGUCAGCGAGGAGCGCACCACCGUCCCUGAAGCCACUUCAACAGAUGUGGCCUCUUUCAACAUCAGAAAAUCCAGCUCACGAUUUCCUCCAAGAAAAACCACUGUUUCCCCUGUGGCUAAUGCUACUCUUUCUUCUAUAGCGGUGUUGAAUAUUAGCACCUCAGUUAGUCACAACUAUGCAAAUAUCAGCUGGAUUCCAGGCACAGAACAGACGGAGUCAGAGUUAUAUGUUGCCUUUAUGAACAACCGUGAAGGUAACUGGAAGAUAUCCGACAUGCUAAACUCUUCUAAGACUUUCCACAUCAUUGAAGGGCUCGAACCUGGAACCGAAUACACAGUGCGUCUUAUGACAAAAAGCUGGGUUGAUAAUUCUAGUAUUUUCGAAGACGUUAUCAGGACCAGGGCCAAAGGUCUGGCCAGCAUUCAUGGAAGCAUCUCAAACCAGGGAUGGUUCAUCGGACUCAUGUGUGCCAUAGCGCUUCUCACCCUCAUUGUGCUCAUAGCGUGCUUUGUCAACCGAAACAAAGGCGGCAAAUACUCAGUAAAAGAGAAGGAAGACCUCCACCCCGACCUGGAGUCCCAGGGCAUAAAUGAUGACACCUUCUGUGAAUACAGCCAGCACCAAACCAGCCCGAGCUGUGGACGUGCAGCGAGCUAAAGUAACCACCACACUGAUAAUGAUGAGAAACCGCUGAAAAGCAGCCAGCAUUCAUUGAAUGGCGACUUGAAAGGAGGAGACAGCGGAGACAGCAUGGUGGACUACUGUGAUGAGGACGCUCACUUCAACGAGGACGGCUCUUUUAUCGGAGAAUACUCUGGACGCAAGGACAGGGCCUCCAUGGAAAUCAAGGGAAACAAUCAGAGCACAGCGUAAUGGACCACGGACAAUUUAUUUGUUGGACAAGCUCUCACAAAAGGUCAGUCAAAAGGAAGCGGAGGGAAUAAAAGUGUGGCGUAACAGCACCCGAAGGACAUUUUUGCAAUUAAUGUGUUAUUGUCAAAUCCUCAGUCAUACUCACAUCAUUUUUUACAGGGCUUAGUUGUUUCCAUUUUUUUCUGCGUGCUGUUACUGAUCAAUCAUGUCAGUUGUGUAUACUUUUGUGAGGUGUUUUUGUAUUAAAUCUUUGCAAAUCAUUGAUGACUGCCGGGAAAGUUCUGCUUUCAACGUCAUCAUGUAGCCAAGCCAGUUUUUCUGUCAGGGUAUAUGAACUUUGUAUUUUUAUUUUUCAUUCCAGGCAAAUAUUAUUGACAUUUUAUAUUUCAGACACUGUAUACUGUGCGUUCAUUAAAUGUGGGUUAUUAUGUGUACAAAAGGAGUUGUUGCUUAAAUAAUCAUAAGUUCUGUUAAAAUCCAAAAAAAAUGAAAGAAAGCGUAAGGCGAUGUAAGGGUUUACAAUUAGUGUAAAAUGCUUUGAUGAACAGUUUCACAUUGAGCUAUACUAACAAGCUUAAUAGCCAUAUUCAGCACCACAUAAACCCUACAGUGCAUCUGCUGCUGUUUUAACCCUUUACAUACAGUAUAAUACAGUAUUUUAUCAAAAAGACACCUAAUGUUCAUACAUUUAAAGAAAAAAAAAUGCCUCAAUUGCCUUAUAAUGACUUUGAAUCUGGUAAGUAAGAUAUAACAAUGGGGUAUGUGCACAUGGAGUUUUAAUUUCAGCCAGCCAGCCUCAGUGUUUCCGGUGAACUGUCUUUCCUUUAUAAAAUCGCCACGUUUAAGAUCUGGUUUCGUUAGAAAUCAGUGAUCCUCACUGCCUGAUAGAUAUACAAUGUGAAGAGGGUCUCAGAUCGAAAAAAGAAGCACUGCAUUUAAUUUCAUUUUCCCUUUCCAUGUCUUUAAAAUAUGUACAAUUAAUUUUUGUAUUUUCAAUUGAGUUUCUGCAUUAGCCUGCUGAUACUGAUGGCGUGUCACAGAUGUUUUCAUACUGCAUGACUAUCUAGGGUAGCAUUCUGUUAGUGAUGUGUUUACAUUUUAGGAUGGAUUGGCGACAGGGGGUUUCACACUGCAUGACUUUACAGUAGGAAGAAUCGCCGUUGACUUUGUCCAAACUUUGUCUCACAAUCAAACACACAAGAGAAGUGACAUGGAAAAGGAUGUCCGCGAGGUCCUAAAAUGUAUUAAAAGUUGAUUAAUCAAUUAAGAGAAAAUUAAAGCUUAAAAGGUAUUUAAAAAGUCUUAAUCACACUUUUACGAGGUUUUAUAAAUUAGCUCAAGCAUUGUCCAAAGUGUUUGAUUCCAAAAAGUAUAAUAUAUUUAUGGCUCGAUCCACGCGAUUGGUUCAGGCCGGGGUAUGUCCGGCCAAGCUCCUCCGUUCGAGUGAUGUCACGUAAUUUGCAACAAAUACGGGAAGGUGAUGCUCUCCACAUGUAGCGAAACCAUAGAGCGAAACAGACGGCAAAAUGAGAAAAUGUAAGUACUCCUGGUUGGAGAAAGACGAGUUUAAACAGUAGCUGAAGCCUGUCGUUUAAAACAACCACGUAAUUUAUUCUUUCAAGCUUUGUUUCUUCUUGAGUUCUGUUGCAUGAUUAUGCUCUAUUGAUUUAACUACAACACGUAGUGUAUCUUGGGUUAUCAACCAUAUGCCUUUAGUGGGGUAGCAAAUGUACUUAUUUCUCCUCAACAUUUUAUUCUUUAUCGAUCCAGUUGUGGUGUUGCUCAGAUGACAUGUCAAACAGAUGCGUGUGCUCCUGCCAAAUUUCCAUAGUUUUCCUCCUUUUCUUGGAUCCAAAUAAACUGAGAUUGAGCGCUUUUAACUUCUCCCUGCUGAUACCCAUACUAGCGGAUGCAGCUCUCUCAUUGGCUGCAGGUAAUCGCAAAUGUUAUUUUCAAUCAGAACACAUUUCACACAGCAUGAUUUGAAUCGCCGACAGACCCAAAUAUUUAGCACGCCAAAUAUCUCAAGGGUGUCAGCGACUCAUCUGGGAUUCUCUCAGAUCGCGUCUUUGAUAGUUCAUACUGUGUGAUUGUUACUCACAUGAAUGAGCAACGAUUCACUUUUGAUUUCAGGCAUUUGUCUGCGAUUUCUCAAAACCUGUCGGCAAAAAAUCUGGGCUAAACUCUUGCAGUCUGAACUCGGCAUAAGUCUAUUUAACUGAAUGUAUUUGAAUUACAUUAUAACAUUGAUGCUGUAAAAGGAACAUUAUGAAACUGAGAAUGUCUGGCUGGAAACACUAGCUGUGCAUAUACCCCAUUCUCAUGGAUUCCGUGAUACAGGGUUGGAAUUCUACAAAUUCCACAUUGGCAUCCUUUGAAAUAUUUCUCUUCACAAACGGACAGUUCUGAAAGCCAACAAGUCUUGUUUGAACAAUUCUGUAUGUUUUUUUGCAAUGGCUCCACAUAUAGAGUCAAAGCCAGAUUCUGUACAAUGUUCUGUGAAUUCUGUUUGCAUGUUGAAAGAGGUCUGUGUGCAGAUUUGACAUUAAAUUGUAUCAUUUCUUUCUUC